UCACAGGCUUCAAACUGCCCUUAUAAAGUUGUUCCACUUUUGCAUACUUCCUCACACUGCUAGUUUCUCUGCGAAGAUGAAGCUGCUAGUUUACUUAGUCUUCCUGAAAACAGCUCUCCUUGCUUUAACAAAUGCCUCUGCAGUUGUUUUAGAAGAUGAAGAGCAUGCUAAAGAAGGAAAAGUUACGGAGACUUGUCCUAUAAAGCUCAAAACUAAUCGGAAAUGUGAUGGAGGAGAGGAUUGUCCAUAUCAGAUAAAUCUGCCUCCAAUGACCAUUCAGUUACCCAAAGAAUUCAGACUGCUUGAGAAGACUCUCAAAGAAGUACAGACCCUUAAAGAAGCAGUAAACAAGCUGAAGAAAUGCUGCCAAGAUUGCAAGCUGCAGGCAGAUGACAACCAAGAAAGAGACCGUAGUAAUGAAUUCCUGUUACCUAAUGCAGAAACUCCAGGAGAAAACAGCAAAAUCCAAGAUAACAGAGUAAGGGAACUGCAAAGCAAAGUUAACAGAAUGGCAACCAGCUUAAAAAAUGCAAAGAGCCAGAUUCAGACACUGCAGGGUCGUUUAGAGAAGAUGAGCCUCAUAAAUAUGAACAAUGUAGAACAUUAUGUUGACAGCAAAGUUGCUAAUUUGACGUUUGUUGUGAACAGCCUUGACAACAAAUGUUCUUCUAAAUGUCCAGCAAUGCAACCAAGACCUGUUAUACAGAUAAUGCAGAGAGACUGUGCUGAUCAUUACAUAGCAGGCAGAAGGAGUAAUGGAAUCUACAGGAUUAGCCCUGACCCUAGAAAUAAUAGCUUUGAAGUUUACUGUGACAUGCAAACACAUGGAGGCGGCUGGACAGUGCUGCAACGGCGUCAGGAUGGUAGCACUAACUUUAACAGAACCUGGAAUGACUACAAAAAUGGCUUUGGAAACCUCAGCAGGGAGUUUUGGCUGGGGAAUGACAAAAUUCACCUCCUGACAAAGAGCCAGGAAAUGCAACUGAGAAUUGAACUUGAAGAUUUCAAUGGUAUCAGAGAGUACGCGAAAUACGAACACUUCUAUGUGGCCAACGAAUAUCUAAAGUACCGUCUAAGUGUUCAUGGCUAUAGUGGCACAGCAGGAGAUGCCCUUCACUACAGCAAGCAUUACAACCACGAUCAAAAGUUCUUUACAACUCCGGACAAGGACAACGAUAGGUAUCCUUCAGGAAACUGUGGAGCGUACUACAGCUCUGGCUGGUGGUUUGAUGCAUGCCUGUCUGCCAACCUCAAUGGCAAGUACUACCACAAGAAAUACAAAGGUGUUCGCAAUGGCAUUUUCUGGGGUACAUGGCAUGGUAUUUCUGAUGAUGUUCCCAGUGGAUACAGGCAAUCCUUUAAAUCAGUAAAAAUCAUGAUCAGACCCAAAACUUUUGUGCAGUAAUUCUACACCUUCCUCUUAACUAGUUUGCAUUUGGAUUGCACUCAAAAUCAUACUUAUGCAGUAUUAUACUCAGAAUUCAAAUAUUCAGUUACGUUUGGCAUAAAAUAGUUCUAGACAAAACAACAUACUUCCACAAAUUUUUAGCGAUGUUUUGGCCCAUAUAAUGUAUUAAAAACAGCAUGAAUGUUUCUGAAUAGUUACUGCUAAAACUUAGCACAGGUUAAGUCUUGGUAUCAUUAUGUAAAUAUUCUAAACAUUGCUUUUGGUGCUUUUACUGACUGUGAUAUACC